AUGUUCAGAGGACACAUUGGUCUGACACCUGGCAUUGAAAAGAAGUCCAAGACUGACAAAAUUGAGCCAUCACAUGAAAAGUUUGCUCAAGAUGAAACCACUUUAAUUGAAGGAGAUAAAACUAGUUUUCCUGAUGUUGUUUCAAGAAAGCAAUCAAAAACCUUUGUCCAUAUCCAAACUCUCUCUCUCAAUUACCAUGCACAAAGAAGAGUGGCUAGUAUUUCAACACCUGUCAAAUCCUCUAAAUAUGCUUAUUGGAGCAUUCCAGAGGCUGCUACUGGUUCCAUAGUUCUUCCAAGUUUUCAUCCAGCUACCAAGCUAGUGCUUGGGAAAGAAACAAAUCAAAUGGAAAAAUCAGGAAAACCAAAGGAAGAGCCAUCUAAAAUAAAAAGAAUUUCUGUUGAUGACAUGCUGAAAGAUAUUCUGAUUCUCUCCUCAGAGUUCUCCAAACCUUUAGAUGCCUCUUCUCCGAUUACCAGUCCAAAACUCAAGGAAGUUCUCCCUGAGUAUUGUAGGACCUAUACUUUUAAGCACCCUCUAAUAGAUUUAAGUGCAACAAUGCCACACCGUCUCCCAAGAGCGAUGCCUGUUCAAGCACAAAAACAUUUACAACCGCCUGACCAUUUACAACAAACUACGGCGGUGAUAAAUAUUAAUUCUUUUCUUGAUACUGUUCUCAUACCAGCACCAGUUUUACCAAGAAAACCUCACAGACAGUCUCAAAUAGAAACUCAUGCAAUAGAAAAUGAAAAUCUGGAAAAUGUUCCAAAGCAAAGCAUGCCAACCCCACCUGAAGGUAUUGUUAAACCUAGAAAACGAGCUGAGUCAGAGGCAAAAGUUAUUCGUGGUGAAGGUUUUAAGACUGUUGCAGCAACACAAUAUGAAACAAUAGCAGCAAUGACCAACCUGGCUAUAGUAAACUGUCAAAUAUAUGGAAGAAAUGCACUUAACCUUAAGGGCUUUUUUAUCCCGAAGUGUCCAGACUUAACACCUUUGGCUUCCCAAUUGAUAUAUCUUAACUUAUCAUUUAAUGAUAUCUCUUCAUUUCCCACAGAAAUAUAUUGUCUUAAACAUUUACAAGUUCUGAUCCUGAGAAAUAAUCCUAUCAGAACAAUCCCUUCUGAUAUUCAACAACUUAAGCUCCUUAGAGUUUUCAACAUUGCCUUUAAUUUGAUUACGACUCUUCCUCUUGGGUUAUUUUAUUUGUCCUACCUUGAGGAACUUGAUAUUUCCUACAAUAGUAUUGCUUCUAUUCCAAAUGAAAUCCAGAAACUCAGGUCACUUAAAAAAUUGAUUGUUGAUGGGAAUGACCUGACAUCUUUUCCAUCUGGAAUUUUGAGGCUUCAUCUGAAAAAAAUCCGUUUUGAAAAUACCUUCACGAUUCCUUGUCUUUGGAAAGAGAAUUCUUUGAAUAGUCCACAGCGUCUUACUCAGCUUACUGCUUUGUUCUUUUUAAAAAAUAAUCUACAUAAAUAUUAUGAUGAGAUCCCAGAUGAAAUUCAAAUGUUACUAAACUGUGCAUCCAGAUGUGAAUGGUGUGAUGGUCCCAAGUUUGAUGAAGGUUAUCGUGUCAUCCAAUCCUGCAAUGUUUUUGGAGCAACACAAAUUCCUGUUAUGUUUCAUGUCUGUUCUUCUUCCUGCUACAGAGAAGUACUUGAAACCAGUUUUUUUUAA